AAGACUGUGUAGAAUUCCUUCCUCUCUCUUUUUUAUGCUUUUUUUUUUUUUUUUUUUUUUACUCCUUUAGUGUUCAGCUGCAGAGGGAAUUAGCUUUAAAGUCAUGGGAGCGUCGCUCUACCUAAUCUUUUUGGUAACCUUUAACGUAUACAUGAGCAAUGGAUACGAAGGAUCUGGAUAUUCACCGUUAGAAGAUGAUGAGGAUAUAUAUACGCGCAGUAGAUAUGCCAGCAGAGACUCCCCCACUCCAUGGUGCUCUUCCAUCAAGGUAAAGAACGGCCAUGCUUCCUGCAGUAGUCCUUCAGGCUACUACUACAAAAAUGCCAAAGGGACGAGGUGCAACAUUUAUUGCCAGAAAGGCUUUGAGCUUCAUGGGGCAUCUCAGGUUAUUUGCCAGACAGACAAACGCUGGUCUGGAAAGUUUGCUUGUAAACAAAAACGAUGUCCUACUCUGACCAUGCCAGUAAAUGGGGGAUUCAAAUGUUUAGAUGGUGCUUACUUUAACUCCCGCUGUGAAUACUACUGCUCUCCAGGCUAUCAGCUGAAAGGAGAGAGAGUUGUGACGUGUAUGGAUAACAAGGCAUGGAGUGGAAAACCAGCCACUUGCAUAGAUGUGGAGCCUCCUAGGAUUCAGUGUCCUAGUGUAAAGGAGAAAGUAGCGGAACCAAACAAACUGACUGCAAGAGUUUUUUGGGACACCCCUGAGGGACGGGAUACAGCGGAUGGCAUUUUAACUGAUGUGACCCUUAAAGGACUACCAUCAGGAUCUGACUUCCCAGAAGGGGACCACAAAAUUCAGUAUACAGUAUUUGACAGAGCAGGAAAUAAAGCGUCCUGCAAGUUUAAUGUGAAAGUCAGAGUUAGGCGCUGUGCAAAACUGAAUGCUCCAGAAAAUGGAUACAUCAAGUGUUCAGGAGCUGGAGAUAAUUAUGGGGCGACUUGUGACUAUUUUUGUGUUGGUGGUUAUGAGCUGCAAGGAAGCCCAGCCCGCGUCUGCCAAUUCAACUUAGAAUGGUCAGGAUCUGACCCAACCUGUUCCUUUAUGAAUAUUAAUGUUGCAAUGAGGGAUGCAGCAGAGUUUCUGGAUCAAUUUUAUGAGAAAAGAAGAUUAUUAAUUAUAUCAACUCCCACUGCAGCAGAUCUUUACUAUAGAUUACAAGUUGGAAUGCUACAGCAAGCACAAUGUGGCAUGGACUUAAGGCAUGUGACAAUAAUUGAAUUAUUUGGUGUAUAUCCAUCAUACAUUGGAAGAAUAGGGCGCCGACUUCUUCCACCAGCUCUAGGACUGCAAAUCAGGCUGCUGCUAAGAAUCCCUGAAAGCAAGUUUCAGAUGGUCGUCUUAGACAAACAUGGGGUGGAUAAGGAACGAUAUGCCUUCCCUGUCAACAAUGCAGAUCUUUUCACGCUCAUUGAUGCCCUCCCUUUAAGAAAAGAUGAGAUGAAAUUUCAAGCUGAAGCAGGUCACACCUGUAACUGAUGAGAUACAUUUCGGACACGAGACGUUAUUUCUAAAGAACAUUUAUGGUGCAGAGUGAGAAAAGUGGGACAAUCAGCUUAAAUAUGCCAUUGGUUAUUAUAAAAUAUAAUGCAAUGUUACUAUGGUGAUUGCACCCCUUUCUACCUUUCACUAGACUUUCUCUUUGUUCAUAACUCCCAUGGUACCAAAAAUGCUGUGUGCAAUGCUGCCUAUAUGUCUCAUUCAUGAUGUACAGAUUUCUUUAUAAUAUUUUGUAUUGUCUCCAAUAGAACAGAGAGCAUAUGUGCAUAAUAAACGAUUUGUACAAUUGCCGCUACCUUUUGAAGCUUUAUGAACAGAUAUUAUAUUAAAAAUACUACUACUACUCUACCCUAGAUAGCAUUAUAUUCCUUGUAAAAUUGGGUAUUUUACUAAAUAAAUUCUUUAAUAAUAAACUAUUUUAUGCAGCCUGAUAUGCUACGGUAUAGUGCACUGCUGAAGAGGCUAUUGUGAUAUUAUUAUUAAUAAUACAUUACUUUAUGUGGUUAAGCUGAACAUUUCUAGCAAACCAUUAAAAAACAAAAUUGCAUUACUUGCUUUUUUUUAACUUGCAUAUUUAACAUUUAAUAUGUUUUAUAUAUAUUUGAUUUCUCUAAAAUUAACUAUAACUUAUUUAUUAUUAAAAUAGUUAUGUACAUGUAUGGCUAUGGCUAUU